GGAGGGAGGCGGCUGGCUCGGGCGCGCCAUGGCCCCGGUGUGCGGCCGGGCCUGUGUGUGGCGGGGCGGGCGGGCGCGCUGGCUGCGGCUCCCCCCGGCGCCGGCCCGCCUUCUCCCCGCCAGGCACCUCGGAGGGACCCCCGGGAGGUGAGCGGGGCGGGAGGCCGGGAGGGCAGGGGAACCGGCGCGGCUUCGGGGGGAUUGAGGGGGGAGGGAAGCAGGCCUAGGCCCGCCAGGGGUUCGGGGACUACAAUUCCCAGCAUCCCACGCGCCGGUCCUGGUAGCGAGGGAUCAUGGGAGUUGUAGUCCCGAAACAGCUGGGGCCUGGUUUAGGGCCCCACUCUCUUGCCCCCAUUAAAGGGAACAAAAAACUGGAUGUCCAUUUCCAAAAUAUAAGAUAAAAAGCAAAUAAAACCUACAUUGUCAAUAUUUGAAGCGGGCUUGACUGGGAGGGCAUAAGGACCAGUGCCAGAUUUACAUAUAAGCGAAACAAGCUCUAGCUUAGGGUCCCACUCUCUUGGGGGCCCACAAAAAUUGAAUAAUAAUAAUAAUAAUAAAUUUUAUUUAUAUCCCGCCCUCCCCAGCCAAAGCCAGGCUCAGGGCGGCUAACAACAAUAAAAUAGUACAAAAGUACAGCAUAAACAACAUCCUAAAAUCAUUCAUUAUAAAAUUAAUUAUAGGGGGAAAAGGGGAAAAAACAACUGGAUGUACAUUUCCAAAAUAUAAGAUAAAAAACAAAUAAAAUAAAACCUACACCCAGCAACAGUGUUUUGUGUUGUGUAGGCUCCUAUGAUGUAAGUCAUGGGCCUCGCCUGCUAGCCUGCUCCCUAAAACAUCACUGGUUUGCUCAUUUCUAUAUCAAUUACAGUGGUACCUCGGGAUGCGAACGGGAUCCGUUCCUGAGCCCCGUUCGCAUCCUGAAGCGAACGCAACCCGUGUCUGCGCAUGUGCAGGUCGCAUGCGUGCGCGGCAAAACCCGGAAGUAACACACUGCGUUACUUCCGGGGCACCGCGGAGCGCAACCUGAAAAUACUUAACUUGAAGCACAUUUAUUCCGAGGUAUGACUACUUGGAUAAAAUAAUAAAAUAAUUUAAAAAUUGUCCAGUAGCACCUUAGAGACCAGCCCAUCUAGCUGGGUUUCCCCAGCCACUCUGGAUGGCUCCCAGCAGAAUAUUAAAUAAAGCACAAUAAAACAUCAAACAUUAAAAGCUUCCCUGAACAGGGCUGCCUUCAGAUGUCUUGUAAAAGUCAGAUAGUUGUUUCUUUCCUUGACAUCUGAUGGGAGGGGGUUCCACAGGGUGGGUGCCACCACCGAGAAGGCCCUCUGCCUGUGGGUUUGGGGUUUUUAGCACCAUUUUGGAACAGGAAGAUGCGUAGUAAUGAAACUGUUGCUAGACUGGACCACUUCAGACUACAGUAGUAUAUCAGUCUACAAACUUAAUUAGUUCCGGAAGUCCGUUCUUAACUCAAAGUGUUCUUAAACUGAGGCGCGCUUUCCCCAAUGAGACCUCCCGCCGCCGGUGCCCUUCUACUUGUCUGCUUCCGUUCAUCUUCCGGGGCAAAAUUCACUAGCCGGAACACCUACUUCUGGUUUUGCGGAGUGCGUUGCCCGAAUCGUUUGUUAACAGGACUGUUCUUAGAUCAAGGUACCACUGUACUCUAGUCACUAUAGCCAGGGAAUUGAAUUGUGAAAACCUGGAGACACAGCUUAGUAGUAGAGCACUUGUUUCAACUGAGAACACAAGAAGUGCCUUUUUUAAAUAGAAAGCAUAAUUUUAAAUCCCAGAACACUGUCAUGCCCAGUUUGUUCACCUAACAACUUGCCGGGUACAUAUUGCGGCUCAUUCACGUCAACUGAAAUGCCCUCUGUGCACCAGAUAAGCUCAAUAUAAACUUAAUAUAGGAUUGCGAUGUAAGCUGACAACCCUUUCAUGAAUCUGUAUCUGUUAAAUAUUGUUAAACACUUGGGUAUUACUACGACAAAUAUGAACUGUACAUUGUUUCAAAAUAUUUACGUCAAAACGUGGGAUAAAGUUCAAAGUUUAAAAAGAUAUGUCAGGAUGGGGAAAGUUAAAAUUGUUAUUGCUGGGCAAAUUUUCAGUAAUAAAAAUGAAUGUUUUGCCUAGAAAAAAAGAAGAAGUGCCUGCUGGAUCUAACCCAGCCUCUUGCUCUUAAGGUGGCCAACCAGAUGCUUCUGGGAAGCCCAAAAGUGAGACCCCAGGGCAACAGUGUGCUCCUCACCUGGUUGUGGAGAUAGACCAUAGCCAUCGUAGAGAAGGCUGUGAUGAUAAAAUGAGACACAGGAUGUACAUAUAACCGAUAAAUGAAAUAUCUAGUUUAAAGAGUCGGGGCAGGACAGCAGGUGAUGUGAAAGACAAGCUGGAGAGCAGCUGCAAGUAAGAGGAGACCACAGGAACUUCCACACUUGUGUUUUGUGUGGAAUUGCAAUUCUUGGUUCCUUCAUUUGUUCUGGGGCAUCCACACGAUGCUGUCCAGUCAUCGCCAUUCUGCCUUUUCCCUGCUGCUCUUCUGUCUUCUCAGCCUGAAGACAGUCAAUGACUUUUUAGGGGAACAGAAGAGUAGUACAAUCUUUAAUGGUGUAAAUGCGUAUAAUGUCACUCUCCCAUCUUUUUUUAAAGGGCGGGGAUUUUGGCAUGGGCUGUGACGUAAUGGGACAGUGAACAGCUCAGCCCACAUUUGUUAUAACUUUCAUUUUUUUACUUAAAAAAUCUUUUAAAGGUAAAGGGACCCCUGACCAUUAGGUCCAGUCGUGGCCGACUCUGGGGUUGCAGUGCUCAUCUCGCUUUAUUGGGCGAGGGAGCCGGCGUACAGCUUCCGGGUCAUGUGGCCAGCAUGACUAAGCCACUUCUGGCAAACCAGAGCAGCGCACGGAAACGCCGUUUACCUUUCCGCCAGAGCGGUACCUACUUAUCUACUUGUACUUUGACGUGCUUUCGAACUGCUAGGUGGGCAGGAGCAGGGACUGAGCAAUGGGAGCUCACCCCGUUGCGGGGAUUCGAACUGCCGACCUUCUGAUCGGCAAGUCCUAGGCUCUGGGGUUUAACCCACAGCGCCACCCGCAUCCCUUACGUAAAAAAAACUUUUACGUAAAUGCAAAAAAAGCAAAAACAAAACAGACCCCUCUUGGAAAUUGUCUGAUAGCUUUUGACCAAAAUAAGUUCUUUGCCAGUGUGGAGUGUGUGAUUUUCAUUCUUCUCAAACCCGUUUUUAAUAGCACUUUUGAUGUGGCUGUUGUCGGCGCUGGGAUUGUGGGGCUGGCAUCGGCCAGGGAGCUCAGCCUGCGACAUCCAUCCCUCACUUUUGGAGUGCUGGAAAAGGAGAAGGAGUUGGGUAUGAUAUCUGAAUCUGAUAAAAGAGCUCAUCGCCUUCUGUAUUAGUUUCCCUCAUGCAUUUUUAACUUUUGCCUGCCCCAUCUUCCAGAUUUGGUGGUGGUUGUUUAAAUGGCUUACUAAAAGGCAUCGUUCAGUUAGGCGCAAUCCAGUGGGAACUUUUCUUGUAAGCGGCCAAUUUUGUAUAACUUCCCAUUUAUCUUAAUAGGCCUACUGCACGGCUUCCCAGUGCAGUGCCCACGGCUGGACAUGCACCUGCAAAGGGGUGCUCUCUGCCCUGCCCCUUCUUCCACCAAAAUAAGGCCUGGAAGAAGACUUUAUUGUCAGCAGUAAGAGCUUUUUUCCAAGCCUAAUUGCAAAGGGGGGGAGGGCAAUUUGGAGGGGCGGUGGCAGUGGAUGGGGGACGAGCUAAUCCAUCAUUGCAAACUUUUCCUUAUACAUUUCUGGUCAGUUUACACCGCAUUUAUAGUUACUUCUCAUGGCUUGAAGUCUGAAAAAUCACCUGGCGGUUUAAAUAUGUAUUUCACCUGACAGUUAAAAAGAAUAAUGGUCCAUGCAGCAUGUAUGUCAAUAUUUCUCCUUAUUUGUAACACAUUUCUCUGACUAGCCUUCCACCAGAGUGGACACAACAGCGGUGUUAUUCACAGUGGGAUCUACUACAAACCGGGAUCUCUAAAAGCGAAGCUGUGUGUGGAAGGGGCUGCCCUCUGCUAUGAGUACUGUGACCAAAAGGGAAUCCCGUAUAAACAAUGCGGCAAGGUAUGGUAGGUGCAGCACUUUUUGCUUUUCCGUUCCAGCAACUCUUAAUAUCCUUGUAGAGCACUGUACAUCAAAAGAGUCCUUACACCUUUGCUUUAUAAAUUUGAAUUUUCUGACUGCCAUAAGAACAGUCUCCUAAGGCCAUGCAGACAGAGCUGUUCCGCCUGGCCUUUGGUUUGGACUCAGUCUGACCCUUAUGUUUCCCUCCCCUUAUGGUUUUGAUCUAUGGGCUACUAUUAAAACGAGGCUGCAUUUUAAAUUGUAUUUUAACCUGUAUUUUAAAUUGGUUUUUUUCUUUCUUUCCUCCCCUAUUACGUUUUUCUUGUAAUUUUACUGGUGUUAGCCGCCCUGAGCCCGGCUCUGACGGGGGAGGACAGGAUUUAAAUAAAUUAUUAUUAUUAUUAUUAUUAUUAUUAUUAGUGGUACAUCGGCAAUGAAUUAACUGAGUUUCCUGGUCUUAAUUAGGGGUCUUGCUCAGUGAAGCCCUAAUCACGAACUGGACCCAGGAUGAGAUAGAGCUAUAAAAAAAAAACCACUCUGAAAAUGCUCUGAAAAAACCGUUGUAAUGCUCACAAUGGAAAAUUUCAUAGGGUUCCAGUUUUGGCUCUACAGCGCCAUCUGGUGUCACAGUGUUAUAAUGCAUUUAUAAUGUUUUAUUUGUACUAAUGUAGCUAAGUCCUUGAUCUUUUGGAUAUAUCGGGAAAAACACACCAACUGGUAGACUGGUAGAUCAUGGGAUACCUGUGGUAGAUCAUGGGACCUCUCGCACCCCCUCCCCCCCCAAAGCAUAACAACUUUGACUAUUUAAAAAAAGCUCGAUUUCCAAAAAACCCCUUUUUUUAUAGUGGGAGUAGAUUGCAGUCUCUUGGAAGUUGGACAAGCCUGACCUAUGCCAAGUUUUUGAAAAGAGGAUUAAUUUCCAUUCCAUUAAAUUUGUAAUUAAUUACUAUGACAACAUGACGUUCCUCCUGCUCCAUCCCACACAGCACGGUUGUCGUUACCUUUGCUCUUUCGUUGCAUUUUUACUCUGUGGCUGGCCCACGUUCCGCAUUGUAACUUCCUUUAUUUCUUCUGCAGCUGAUCGUUGCAGCUGAACAGGAAGAAGUUCCGAGACUCAAGGCGCUGUAUGAGAGGGGCCUGCAGAACGAGGUCCGCGGACUGAAACUCAUCUCUUCCAAAGAAAUACAAGCGAAGGAGCCCUACUGCCGGGUACGCAACCUCCUUCGAUGUGACGCAUCUUUUUCAUUCUGGGAACCUUUUGGAGGGGGUUGGGAUCUAGGGAAGCCCAGUGAAGCUGUUCACCUCCCCAUCUGAAUUGCAGUGGUACCUCGGGUUACAAGCGCUUCGGUUUACAAACUCCGCUAACCGGAAGUAGUACCUCGGGUUGCGAACUUUGCCCCAGGAUGGGAACGGAAAUCGUGUGCCGGCAGCGCGGCGUCAGCAGGAGACCCUAUUAGCGAAAGCGCAUCUCAGGUUAAGAACGGUUUUGGGUUAAGAAUGGACCUCCGGAAGGUAACCCUCCAUUAAAGGAUCAUAAGAACCUGUCUUCUGACAAGUCACAUCAUUGAUCCAUCUAGAUAAGAGGUGGAAGCCUCUGGCCAGCAGACCAUUAAUAGCCUAUCAGGCUAUUAUCCCCCAAGCUUCACCCAUGGUAGUGACCUCAGCUGAUGGGCGUGAGGACAGGAUUUAAUUCUGCAUUGGUUGCAUGAUUCUGUUCCCAGGCAGCAGGAUUUAAUCUCUGCUCAUUCAUUUAGUGAGGGUUAAAACGCUAUGCAAAAGUGCCCUGUGAAGCAGCUUUCAGGAGCGAGCUACUUCAAAGAGGCUCCUUCACCUCUGUGGUUUGAAGGAGAAGCACGGAAAGCUCUUGGUAACAUCCUCCCGUGAGGAGGUUUACAAAUGUACAGAGGGCUCUUUGAAAGCCCUGUAGUUUGCUUUGAGGUCCCGACAAUCAGGUUCUUCAAAGUCAAGUGGGUGAUGUCACUGCGACACCAGAGGAUUGGCAGAUGGGCGUCCCCACACACCUGCCAACUUUCGCCUGCCGCGGGUGCAGGAGAUAAAGAUCAGGCCCUUCAGCCAGAAAAGGUUGCCCACCUGCUGUUUAGAUCAGCUCUGUCUGCACUGGCAGCAGUCCUCUAGCCUUUUGCUUUCGCUGAAGGCUGGAGAGCAAGAGGGGUCGGUGCGCACAGACCCCUCUUGCUCUCCAGGCUUCAGGGAUAGCCGCCUGAAGCCUUUGGAGCGCAGCGGGACCUCGCGCUGCGCUCCAAAGGCUUUGGGUUCCUUUUGCUGAAAGCCGGGAGAGCUGUUCUAGCUUGGGGAUGGCUGUGCAUAGCCUCCACAGGGCUUCACAGGCUGUCCCAGAAGCCAGAACAGCGAGACGGACCACUGCGCAGCGCUUCGUCUCGCUAUUCUAGCUUUGGGAUUAGCUGCGCAAAGCCUCCCCAGGGCAGCGGGGUGCCUUCAUCCCACUGCCCUCCGGAGGCUUCGCAGGCUGUCCCAGAAGCCUCCGCAGGGCACGGGGAUGAAGGCUCCCCGUGCCCUGCAGAGGCUUCACAUGAAGCUAGAACAGCUAGAGGGAGCACUGCUUUUGGAUGGCCCCGCGAAGCCUCUGCAGAAGCUCCCCGUGCCCUGCGGAGGCUUUGCGCAAAGCUAUCCCAGAAGCCAGAACAGCAAGAGGCUAUCCCAGAAGCCAGAUCCCUCUUGCUGUUCUGGCUUCUGGGAUUCAGAUUUUUUUUUUCUUGUUUCCUCCCCCCCAAACUAGGUGCGUCAUAUCAUCUGGUGUGUCCUAUAGAGUGAAAAAUACAGUAUAUAAGCCCUACUGGACCAAGCCAAAGGGGGCCUCCCGCAGCGGCCAAGCAGAUGUCUGUGGAGAGCCCACAAGCUCUCUCCUGCUUGCAACCCCCAGCAACUGACUGGGAAUUGGAGGUCCUUUGUGUUUACUGCUCAAGAGUGCUGCUUUAGGAGCCUGUCUGGAGCAGGCCUGAAACGGGGCCUUUCUGUCUUCCUCCUUCUUGAAAACUCUCUGUGGCCCUAAAUCCCUUUGAAUGCCUUUUCAGGGUGUGAUGGCCCUGGACUCGCCGUACACAGGCAUUGUGAACUACAGGCAGGUGGCCUUUGCCUACGCUGAGGAUUUCCAGGCAGCUGGAGGGACUGUUUUGACGGACUUUGAGGUCAAGGACAUGGCGGUGGCCAAAGAAAGUACUGCUGGAAGUGAAGAUGGUAAGAAGCUUUCCUUCCGACUUCUUUGUCCUUCCUUCCCACUUUGGCAGUCCUCCUCCGUGAGGUUCUGUGCUGAUAUGCAAUCCUGGAGCUCACAGCCUCCCAAGUGCUUCUGGAGAUAUUGCAGUUCAUGGGAUGAUCUAGGGGAGCAACGUGGAAUGUUUUCAGGUGGACGCAGGAAUUGCUUUAGAGACCACCCUGGGAGAUGCAAAAUUCCAGAACUAGCCCAUAGCCUUAAUUCAAAGAAGCCAUAGCUGAGAGAGAGCGAGCUGUGGCAAUUCAGUAAACUUUUCUUCCUUGCAAUUAAAUAUGAAAUCGUUAGUUUAUAGUAGGCAUUCUGAAAUUAUUUUAAAACACAACUGGCGCCAUGGAACUGAAGCCGUACUCUGAAACUUUCCGCUAAAAUGGGAUGAUGGCACAUUCUCCUUUUUGGCCCGUUCAGAAUCCGGUGCGAGAUGUGGUCUGACUAUUAUGUAUUGUGGGUGCAUAGAAAACGUGCCUGUUUGUCACCAUCUGAGUCUGCAGAGCAGUGGAGGCUGUGCGGAGGCAGGGAGAGGGUGAAAGAGGCGAGCUAAAUACCUCUUGCUUAUGGGUCACUUCUGAAAGAGCAGCUUGUCUCUCUUUAAGGGUAGAAACUCUAGCUCAGUAGCAGAGAUUCUCCCUUGUAUUCAGAAGGUUUCAGGUUCAAUCCCCAGUCUCUCUUGCCCCACUCCUCUCUGCCUGAGAUGCUGGAGAUCUAUUGCCCAUCACAGCAGAUAAUACUGGGCUAGAGGGACAAAUGUCCUGACCCUGGAAUUAGAAGGCUGGUGAAAACUCCUGUUCCAAUCUGCUGGGUACAGCUUUGUUUUUACCCUGGGCUGCGGCAGCUAGACUGGUGACUGGGAGUGGCUGCCGGGACCACAUAACACUGGUCUUGAAAGACCUACAUUGGCUCUCAGUACAUUUCGAAGCACAAUUCAAAGUGUUGGUGCUGAUCUUGAAAGCCCUAAACGGCCUCGGUCCAGUAUACCGGAAGGAGCGUCUCCACCUCCAUCAUUCAGCCCAGACACUGAGGUCCAGCGCCGAGGGCCUUCUGGCGGUUCCCUCAUUGCGAGAAGUAAGGUUACAGGGAACCAGACAGAGGGCCUUCUCGGUAGUGGCGCCCAUCCUGUGGAACACCCUCCCUUCAGAUGUGAAGGAAAUAAGUAACUAUCCUAUUUUUAAAAGACAUCUGAAGGCAGCCCUGUUCAGGGAAGAUUUUAAUAUUUAACGCUGUAUUGUUUUUAAUACUUGAUUGGGAGCCGCCCAGAGUGGCUGGGGAAACUCAGCCAGAUGGGCAGGGUAUAAAUAAUAAAUUAUUAUUAUUAUAUUAUUAUAAGUAUUUAGGGCCUUGAAUCUGCCUGACAAGUUCUUCUGUUUUGUCCUUGUGGUUCAGAUGUUCUGUUAAUAUGUAGUUGUUUUAUGUGUGCCAUUUAUAGUUUUCAUUUUAUUUACAGGGAUGAAAUAUCCAAUUGUUGUUAGAAACUCAAAGGUAAGUCCAAGCUUUCAGAUUACAUUUUACUUUUCAAGUGCAGAAUAUUUUCUUUGUGUUUUGGCAUUUGUCGCAUGUCAGGCAUACAAAUACUUUAACCACGAUGGCUGUCAUCGCCACAAAAACAGUUUGAGAUGGCUAUUAAUGUGAGUCAAGUGGCUCUUGCCUCGAGGGCUUCAUAGUCCUUUCCCUGCUCAAGGUCUAGUCUUAAGAGAGGAUGAUGCCUGACUCGCUCGGAAGGUAGAAUCAUAGAAUCAUAGAAUCAUAGAAUCAUAGAGUUGGAAGAGACCACAAGGGCCAUCGAGUCCAACCCCCUGCCAAGCAGGAAACACCAUCAGAGCACUCCUGACAUAUGGUUGUCAAGCCUCUGCUUAAAGACCUCCAAAGAAGGAGACUCCACCACACUCCUUGGCAGCAAAUUCCACUGUCCAACAGCUCUUACUGUCAGGAAGUUCUUCCUAAUGUUUAGGUGGAAUCUUCCUUCUUGUAGUUUGGAUCCAUUGCUCCGUGUCCGCUUCUCUGGAGCAGCAGAAAACAACCUUUCUCCCUCCUCUAUGUGACAUCCUUUUAUAUAUUGGAACAUGGCUAUCAUAUCACCCCUUAACCUCCUCUUCUCCAGGCUAAACAUGCCCAGCUCCCUUAGCCGUUCCUCAUAAGGCAUCGUUUCCAGGCCUUUGACCAUUUUGGUUGCCCUCCUCUGGACACGUUCCAGUUUGUCAGUGUCCUUCUUGAACUGUGGUGCCCAGAACUGGACACAGUACUCCAGGUGGUGGACUCUCCUUCAUUGGAGGGUUUUAAGCAGAGGUUGGAUGGUCGUCGGUCAUGAAAUUGAGAUCCCUGCAUAGCAGAGGCAAGACUGAAUGACCCUUGGUGUCCCUUCCAACUCUACAAUUCUGUGAUUCUAUGACUCUGCCCUUGAAGGACCUCAAGCGCCUCUCAUGUGGAACCUGAAUCUGCAGUUCUGCCUGCACAGCAGCUGCCUCAGGCCCCUUGCUCCCCUGCGAAGAAACAGAAAAGACACUGGCAGGUCACCCAGUGAGGACCAACUGUGGGGUUCCAGGCUGGGAUUCUGCACCUUUAAUUCCUGCUGGCUUAGCUAUCAGCAAGCCACACCAGCCUCCUCCGGGAGCUCUCUGUGGUCCCGAAGAGCCUGCCAGGUGCUCUUUGGCCUGUCAGACCACUCCUGGUCAAGAUCAGGCCUCUUCACCUCCACCUGUCACACUAGAACAGGUACCUUCAAGCAUGGUGAAGUGAAGGACAUGAGGCAGGAGUUGAGCUGCGCACAGGUGAGCUGCAAGCAAGCUGCCGGCCAGCUCUGUGGAGCCUCCUUUUAUUGACACAAUAUGCAAAUCCAGGCAGAUACAUUUUGGGCUGUGGCCUUUACACAUCUUCCAGUCCCGAGAUCAUGGGGUGGUACAAAGUUAUUUUGGCACCUGUUUCCACCGCAUAUUUUCCCUUUGCACAGUGUAUGACGAAGGAGACAAAGGUCUCAGAGACAAAGGUCACAGACAGGACACGGCAGACUACUGAGACCGCAAAAGGUUAGACAGAGGGCAUGAUGUUCAGACAGCUGUGGCUUUGUCUGUGAGGGGGAGUGUGCUCCGCACCCCAAGGUCACGCGUGCAGGCAGGCUGCGGGUGGGAAGUGUGCUCCGCACCCAGCGAUCAUCCCUACGCAUGGGGUGCAGCAGGCUAGAAGGUGUGGAAAUGGAAGGAUAAACAGAGAGUCUAGCGGGUUAGCUGGUUUUCUGAUGAUGCUAGAUGGAGCUAUAGUUUUGCUGAGCCUCGACAUCUUCUUUUGCGCAGGGGGAGGAAAUCCAUUGUCGGCAUCUUGUGUCCUGUGCAGGGCUUUAUUCGGACCGCAUCUCUCAGAUCAGUGGCUGCAGCCCGGAGCCUCGCAUUGUUCCAUUCCGGGGAGAUUACUUGGUGUUGAAGCCAGAGAAAUGCUAUUUGGUAAAAGGAAAUAUUUAUCCGGUACGUCAACUUACAGAGAGCUUGAGAAAGCCCUUGGUGCUUCGGGAUGCUUUGAGUACUGGUGUUAUUUAUUUAAUACAAUAUUUAAUAUUUACUAAGCUGUACACAUGGUGUGAGAGUCCUUAUAGUUUCAGGGCAGAUCCACUGCAUACUUCAGCCUAUUUGAACUAUUUUGGCUUUCCUCUAAUGAACCUUGGGAUUGUCCUCUUCUGAGAAUCCUCCUCAACCUGUGGAAUGCCCUCCCUUCAGAUGUUAAUAAUAAUAAUAAUAAAAAUUUUUAUUUAUAUCCCGCCCUCCUCAGCCGAAGCCGGGCUCAGGGCAGCUAACAACAAUAAAACAGUACAAAAGUACAAAAGUACAGCACAAACAACACUCUAAAAUCAUUCAUUAUAAAAUUAAUUGUGAAGGAAAUAAGCAGCUGUCUUAUCUUUAAAAGACACCUGAAGGCAGCCCUGUUUAGGGAAGUUUUUAAUAUUUAAUGCUGUAUUGUUUUUAACACUCGAUUGGGAGCCACCCAGAGUGGCUGGGCAAACUCAGCCAGAUGGGCGGGGUAUAAAUAAUAAAUUAUUAUUAUUAUUGUUGUUGUUGUUGUUGUUGUUGUUGUUGUUGUUGUUUACCACCCGGAAAAUGAGUCCUAUGGCUUUGAUGGUCAAAGACAGAUACAAUGCCGGUGGGAAAGUUAUAUAGAUAUUGAAAUGACCUAAUCUGAACCAGUCUGCUUUAGAGAGGGUAUAUUUGGGAAAUGUCGGCUGCUCCAAGCCAUUUCCCAGAAUAUUUCAAGUUACUGCUGCCAAUUUCCCUUUCCUCGAUUCUGACUUAAAAGCAUCUCUCUCCACACUCCCCCGGAUGCUGAUUUUUAUAUAUCCAUACAUUUAGCUAAGUACAGUGGUACCUCGCAAGACGAAUGCCUCGCAAGACAAAAAACUCGCUAGACGAAAGGGUUUUUUGUUUUUUGAGCUGCUUCGCAAGACGAUUUUCCCUAUGGGCUUGCUUCGCAAGACGGAAACGUCUUGCAAGUUUGUUUCCUUUUCUUAACACCGUUAAUACAGUUGCGACUUGACUUUGAGGAGCAACUCAUAGAACGCGGUGUGGUAGCCUUUUUGAGGUUUUUAAAGACUUUGGUGAUUUUUGAAGCUUUUCCAAAACUUUCCCGACACCGUGCUUCGCAAGACGAAAAAAAUCGCAAGACGACAAAACUCGCGGAACGAAUUAAUUUCGUCUUGCGAGGCACCACUGUAAGAGAUUGUAUCUUGAUAGACAGAACUCUCGGAGAUGUAUUUAGGUCCACACAUGCACUAAUCUUUCUCAGGAGGACAGAAAAGAAGAAGAGUGUGACUACACAUGUUGUUGCUCAUAUUUAUCAUGUGAUGUGCCUAGCCAAAAUUUGGCACUAAGACACAUGGGGGGGCCGCUCAACCUGAUGAACUAUAAUUGCCAGAUCCCCAGCUUUCAUUUAAAAAGAGGGUAUGAGAGAGAGAGAGAGAGACAAGCGUGCUCCCUUCUUUUCAAUGUUUUCUUUGGUUUGCGCCAUUCAGAGAGAUGCUUCUUGGGCCAUUCUUGUGUGAUGCGUGGUGUGGUUCUUUCAAAUGCAUUUUGACUCCCAAGUGUGUUUCCCGUGCUUUAGGUGCCUGAUCCCCGUUUCCCCUUCCUGGGUAUCCAUUUCACCUCGAGGAUGGAUGGCAGUGUUUGGCUCGGGCCUAACGCCGUGCUUGCCUUCAAACGAGAGGGCUACAGAUUUUAUGACUUCAGUUUCCAAGACUUUGUAGACGCGGCGGCUUACAGGUAGUGUCCUCUUUCCAUUCAUCUGCAGGUGAAGAACAAGAAUCUCAUUACCUCUGCCCUGCCCCACUUUUCUGCAGUCUGUAGUAUGAACUAUAGUAAUCCCAGAAAGCAUCGCGCUGCUUACUAUGGGCGAUGGACACCUGCUUCUUGCAUAGGUUGUUCUCCAGGGUGUUAUGGGUUGAGCGGAUGCAUUUCUGGUGCUACAAGGAACACCGGGGGGGGGGGUACGGUUUCUGUAAUACAUAUUUUCCCCCUGUAUUGUUUCUCUUUCCUCUUAAGUCAGCCAGCUUCAUGCUCUGCACCAGCUCCUUUGUUGUUGUUGUUGUUUACUCAUGUCCGACUCUGCGUGGCCCCAUGACCAGAGCACGCCAGGCACUCCUGUCUUCCACUGCCUCCCACAGUUUGGUCAAACUCAUGCUGGUAGCUUCCAGAACACUGUCCCACCAUCUCGCCCUCUGUCGUCCCCUUCUCCUUGCGCCCUCCAUCUUUCCCAACAUCAGGGUCUUUUCCAGGGAGUCUUCUCUUCUCAUGAGGUGGCCAAAGUCUUGGAGCCUCAGCUUCAGGAUCUGUCCUUCCAGUGAGCACUCAGGGCUGAUUUCCUUAAGAAUGGAUAUGUUUGAUCUUCUUGCAGUCCAUGGGACUCUCAAGAGUCUCCUCCAGCACCAGAAUUCAAAAGCAUCAAUUCUUCGGCGAUCAGCCUUCUUCAUGGUCCAGCUCUCACUUCCAUACAUCACUACUGGGAAAACCAUAGCUUGAACUAUACAGACCUUAUUUGGCAAGGUAAUGUCUCUGCUUUUUAAGAUGCUGUCUAGGUUUGUCAUUGCUUUUCUCCCAAGGAGCAGGCGUCUUUUAAUUUCGUGACUGCUGUCACCAUCUGCAGUGAUCAUGGAGCCCAAGAAAGUAAAAUCUCUCACUGCCUCCAUUUCUUCCCCUUCUAUUUGCCAGGAGGUGAUGGGACCAGUGGCCAUGAUCUUCGUUUUUUUGAUGUUGAGCUUCAGACCAUAUUUUGCGCUCUCCUCUUUCACCCUUAAUUCCUCCUCACUUUCUGCCAUCAAGGUUGUGUCAUCUGCAUAUCUGAGGUUGUUGAUAUUUCUUCCGGCAAUCUUAAUUCCGGCUAGGGAUUCAUCCAGCCCAGCCUUUCGCAUGAUGAAUUCUGCAUAUAAGUUAAAUAAGCGGGAGACAAUAUACAGCCUUGUCGUACUCCUUUCCCAAUUUUGAACCAAUCAGUUGUUCCAUAUCCAGUUCUAACUGUAGCUUCUUGUCCCACAUAGAGAUUUCUCAGGAGACAGAUGAGGUGGUCAGGCACUCCCAUUUCUGCACCAGCUCCUAGUCCUCACAUAUAAAGUCCUCCACUCUGGCUAAUUUUCCUCCUCUCCCCUCUGCCCCCAUUCAACACAACACAAAUAUUUCCCUUGUCUGUGCUCUCCUCUCAUUUAAGGCUUCUCCCAACGCUGCCUCAUUUAACGAGGUCCACUUCGUAACGCUUUUUCUAAACCUUUUUUUUGCUGGCUCCUCUUCCACCGAACAUCCUCCUGGCCCAGCCCCAGAGCCCUUGACUUUUGCUGCAUCUCGGAGCUAAGGAGCAAAAGGACUAUUUAAUCUCGUCACUUCUUUAAAAAGUAUUAAUCACACCUGUAACAUGCAAUGUUAGUGAGGGACUACCAUUGCUGUUAUAAAAAUGAGAGUUUGGUAGCGCCUUCAAAGUUGAACAGGUUUUUUAAUGGCAGAAGUUUCUACAGAACAGAGUCCAGCUCAUAAGAUGCAUGAUGUGCAAUCCUCAGUUGCCAAAUAUAUAUUAUACACAUGGGGUGUCAAGAAAAGUGGGUAUGUGGAGAGAUCAGAGGUAAAUGAAACACACAGACACUGUUGACAUGAGCCAACAGUGUGAUGCGGCAGCUAAAAAAGCCAAUGCAAUUCUGGGCUGCAUCAAUAGGAGUAUAGCAUCUAGAUCAAGGGAAGUAAUAGUGCCACUGUAUUCUGCUCUGGUCAGACCUCACCUGGAGUACUGUGUCCAGUUCUGGGCACCACAGUUCAAGAAGGACACUGACAAACUGGAACGUGUCCAGAGGAGGGCAACCAAAAUGGUCAAAGGCCUGGAAACGAUGCCUUAUGAGGAACGGCUAAGGGAGCUGGGCAUGUUUAGCCUGGAGAAGAGGAGGUUAAGGGGUGAUAUGAUAGCCAUGUUCAAAUAUAUAAAAGGAUGUCACAUAGAGGAGGGAGAAAGGUUGUUUUCUGCUGCUCCAGAGAAGCGGACACGGAGCAAUGGAUCCAAACUACAAGAAAGAAGAUUCCACCUAAACAUUAGGAAGAACUUCCUGACAGUAAGAGCUGUUUGACAGUGGAAUUUGCUGCCAAGGAGUGUGGUGGAGUCUCCUUCUUUGGAGGUCUUUAAGCAGAGGCUUGACAACCAUAUGUCAGGAGUGCUCUGAUGGUGUUUCCUGCUUGGCAGGGGGUUGGACUCGAUGGCCCUUGUGGUCUCUUCCAACUCUAUGAUUCUAUGAAAUGGCCUGAAUCAGGGUGAUUAGUUUCCUACCACUACAGGAGUUAGUUAGCUUACCAGUGUCAGGAUUAUUGUCAUCAACAAGGCUUUGUGACAGGGUGGGUUUUAUUUAAAUCAAAUCGAUUUAAAUCACUAGUCAGGAAGACUCGAUUUAAAUCAUUUUUUUACAGAAAGACUCAUUCUUGCUAGUAUAAUCUUAAUAUUUACAACCAGAUGAAGGUUUCAUUUUUGGAAUAAUGAAUUUUCAGAGUAGUUUUUACAGUUAUAUAAAAAAAUUACUGAUUUGGCUAUACUAUUAGAAAUACAUAGACAGAUAAUUAUGAAAUUAUUGCUUAUAUUUGGACAACUUUUCUGCUGUACUUUAUUGGAAGGAGAAGAAUAAUCAUUUCCUUAAUAACAACUUAAACAAUUUAUUUAUCUAAAACAAUAACAUUAUAGCAUAUGUAUCCGUGUUUGUUAACUGAUGUGGUUAAACUAUUUUUUUUAUUUUAAAAAAACCUUAGACUGAGUUUUAGCACACAUGAAAAACUUAAAACAAAUCCUUAUUUCCUGAUGAAUAGCCUUUGGACUAUAACGUAACUUAAAUAGAAAAUUUAAAAAUCUUUAGAAAGAUUUUUCCUCCAAAAGCAUUUUAUUUUAAAAAUCCGAUUUAAAUCAAAAAAAUCUGAUUUGAAUUUUUAAAAAUCCGAUUUUUUAAAAAAAAUUCAUGGAUUUUUAUCCACCCUGCUUUGUGAAUGGUAACUGCAAAUAGUUUACAUAUGAUUACGUUUACACUUCAUCAUGAGGGACCUUUUUUGCAUUUCUUUCAUUUUUGACUGCUCUGCUUACAUUUUUCCUUUACGUGUGUGUGUGUGUGUGUGUGUGUGUGUGUUUGCAUGCAUGUGUAUGUACAUAUCUAUCUAUCUAUCUAUCUAUGAAUGGAAGCUACUUGCAAUAAAUGUUGCUUUCCCUCUCCAGUGGCCUAUGGAAGCUGGUGUUGAGGAACUUCUCUUAUGGAAUGGGAGAAAUGUACAGAGCGUGUUUCCUUAGUGCUCAGGUGAAGCAGCUGCAGAAAUUUAUACCAGAAGUUACCAUCAACGAUAUACUCAGGUAUUCCUUUUGGGGAUUUAGACAUCACGGAAGAUGAGAAGAGCCCGGCUGCAAGUCCUGCACCUGGUUCUCACAGUGGCCAAACAGAUCCCACUUCUGGGAAGCCUGAAAGCAACGGCAGGGCUCUCCUGAUCUGUGAUUCCCAGCAGAGGCAUACCACCUCCGACAGUGAUGUUGGAUAAAGGAUGGUAUAUAAAUCUAAUAAAUUAAAAGAAGCACCCGAGAUACGCAGUUUCCACUUGAAACAGCAUAUGGGCAUCUGUAGGGUCUAAUAACAAUUUAAGCAUUUUGUUCCUAGACAAGCAAGCUGGGACCCAAGUCUCCUGUUGCAUUAGCUGUGAUAGUCAGAGAUACAAUUCAAGGUCCACUCUGCCCUGUUUGAAUGCCCAGUUUCUCCUUUCUUUUUGCAGAGGUCCAGCUGGUGUCAGAGCUCAAGCCUUGGACAACGACGGAAACUUGAUCGACGACUUUGUGUUUGACGGAGGCACUGGAGACAUUGGCAGCCGAAUCCUCCAUGUCAGAAAUGCCCCUUCACCCGCUGCUACCUCCUCCCUUGCCAUUGCGAAAAUGAUCGCUAACGAGGUGGAGCGGAGAUUUGAGCUCUGAUGGAAUCCUGGAGGCCCGUUGGACCUCUUUGUGUUCAGACACUGUGCUUGGAAGGGUGGCAGUCAAGGAAAUGACAGGGAGGUGGCCUUUUGGGGAGAAGCAAUCAGAAAUAGAGGCUGCCAAGUGGAUUGCCUUGCAGAAGCCUCAAGCUUUGCAAUGUUCUGAUGAGCCUCAGAAGUCAUGCCACGUAAGGUCAAACACAGUGAACACCAGUCAGGUCCAUUAGAUGCCGUAUUAAUUUGGCAGGGGAAAUUGGCCCUGUGGUGUACUCAGGAAUGCAGUUAGAGCAGCAGACAUCACCACUCUUUCUCCUUAUAAUUUCGCUUUUGAACUAACUGGGUAUGCAGGCGCUGUGGCUGUUUUAAUUUCCCUCCGUCCCAAAAUCACCUGAAAAAGGCACAGAAGGAACAUAGUCUGCUCUCCACAAAAAGGGAAUUGUCUGCCCAAAACACGGUAAACCCACAACUCGGUUUUUCUCCCUGCCCAUGCCAGGCCACACUGUGGGUUGUGGCAAUUGCAAUAACAGGCGGGUGGUACCAUUGCCAAUGUGCCCUGAGCCCCAGGGAAGGAUACCUGUUUAUCAGAGUACUGAAUGUGAUUCCCACCUUCCAACUUGCAGAACAUAGGAAGUACACCGCUGGCACGAUCCAGAGGGAAGUGCUCGUGGGGGGUUGGACUAGAUGCCCCUCAGGAUCCCUUCCAACCUUACAAUUCUACCAUUCUAAGCCCCACUGAGUAGCUGAGAAGUGUGCGGGAGGACAGUAAUAGAUAGUCCUCUAAAUAUUGGGUGCAUGGAGUGGUUUGGUCACAGCAAGUGGUGCUUUUUCUUUGGAGGGUUUUUCUGGUUCAGUCUUCAUUGAAAAUGGGCAAACAAAUCGGUGUGUCAUUUUCUGAUUAGAUCUACAUAUGCACACAAUCUUCAUUUACUGAAUAGUCCAGAUAUGCAAAGAUCAGGAAAAAUAAGUUUUAUCUAAUUAAAUGCAAGCUAUUUUUAUAAAACAAGAGAUAAUGGGGGUAUAUGAUUAGAAGCAAAAACAGUCAUGAUCUGGAUCUACAUUUUUAGAAUGUGAAUUCAUGCAAAACCUGUGCAUUACAAUGAUCAAUAAACUUACACGAAAACUCUUGCGUAAAGGCAAAUGUGUUGUCUUCAUUGAGUUAUGGCGUACAUUACAUUUUGUUUCUAUUCCAAAUGGACUGUGAAUCACUGCAGUUCUUGGUAUUACAGUCGUCUGCAUCCCAAUAUUUUUUGGACCUAGCCAUCCGCUUAGGUGAGGAACAUGAAAGCCUGACUUCUUGGCACCCCUUUUCUUUCUGCAGAACCCCUUCCAACCUUGCUAUUGAACCUCUGCUUUGUGAAGCAGGAAAACUUGUUUGUUGCACUUAAACUACAUUUAGACACCAGUGAAAGCUGAAAGGGAGAGAAGCAAACCUGUUAUACCCUGGAUGGGGAAAGAGGCUGCAAAUAAAUUUCCCCAUAAAUGUUUGUUGCCACCACCUUUCAAGGGAGCAGAGGCAGGAGUUACGUGUUACCAGUGCUUAAUACUACUAGGAGAACCUAGUAUUCUGGAUCUGUUAUUGUAAGGCUAUAUAUAACACCAAAUCAGUCUGAAAAUCAGUGUACUGUAUAUAUUGUAUAUUGUUAAAACAGAAUUAUAUGAAAAUGAUGUACCGAUGGUCUUCUUCUUCUUCUUCUUUGACGAUCACUCGUAGCUGAGUAAGAUUGUCUUCCAUAAACACGAUUUUAAUAAUGAGUCCGUGACUGUGGAGGCCAAUUCUGGAUCCACACAUCCUUCCACAGUGGGGACAUAGGUUUCCGGGCAGGAGUUGAUCACGGUGAGGGUUUGCUAAGCGUGCCUUCCUUUUAGCACAUUUCUCCCUUGUGUCCUGAGUUUGAGUGUCUUCAAAGCCCAUGACACCUUUGGUAAAGGCUGUUCUCCAACUGGAGCACUCACAGGCCAGUGUUUUCCAGUUGUCAGUGUUUAUACUACAUUUUUUUAGAUUUGCCUUUUUUGGAUGUUGAGUGAUAGGCCAAGCUUUUCGUAAGCUUCUGCAAAGUUAUUUAGGUUUGAAGGUCAUCCUCUGAGUGUGCGCACACUACGUUGUCAUCAGCAUACUGAAGCUCUAUGACAGAAGUUAAGGUAACCUUAUUCUUUGCUUUCAGCCUGCUCAGAUUGAGAGCUUUCCAUCUGUUCAAUAUAUGAUUUCUACUCCGGUGGGGAGUUUCCCUUCAACAAAGUAUAGGAUCAUAGUAUUACACCUCCAAAAAUGUAUUAUAGUAUUAUAGUAUUAUAUAUAGUAUUAUAGUAUUAUAGUAUUACGCCUGCAAAAAUGGCCAAAAUUUAUAGAACAAGCUCCAAUAAAUGUUGGAAAUGUAAAGAAAAGGAAGGAAUGUUCUAUCAUAUGUGGUGGAAUUGUAAAAUAAUUAAAAACUUUUGGGAUAUGAUUUAUAAUGAAAUGAAAAGAAUGUUUAAGAUAACCUUUGUUGAAAGACCAGAAGCUUUCUUAUUAGGCAUUUUAGGUCAAGAUUUGCCAAAAGACAAGAAGAAAGUAUGUAUGCUACAACAGCAGCUAGAAUUUUACUAGCUCAAAGGUGGAAAAGCAAUGAAAUGCCAACGAAAGAACAAUGGCAAGAAAAAUUGAUGGAAUAUGCUGAAAUGGCGAAGUUGACUGAAAGACUUAAAGAUAAGGACAAUAGAGACUUUUAAAAAGACUGGGAACCUUUCAUGAUGUACCUACAGAAGCAAUGUAAGGAAAUGGACUCACUUGCGGGUUUGAUUAAACACAAUCAACGAACAUAAUAAUUAUGUAUAACUUUAACUUUACUAUAUUAGGGAAUAAGACGAUAAACAGAAGUGAAUUCAUUAUAAACCAGAAAGGGUAGUUGGAGGAAGUCGUGGGGUGGGGGUGUAAUUGGGAAUUUAUUUUGUGACUAUCUCACCAGCAGUGAUUAUGUUAAAAUCUGUUGUAAAACCUAAUAUUUUUUUUUUUAAUUAAAAUCAACAUACUGUAGUGU